UCCUAGACUUUCAACCCGGUCAUCAAGUGUCUCAAUUGGUUCUUGCCGUUCACCUAUUUACUCUUCUUGAUAAAUACGUCACCUGACCUCAUCGUCUCAUUGACUCCACACUAACCCCCUUUUUCACCUCCCUAAAAUCUGAAUUCCGAUUGAUUGAACUCAAAAAUGCACAGAACCUACUCGUUGAGAUCUCAAAGAGCUCCUACCGCUGCUCAAUUGCAAUCGCCACCACCUCCUCCAUCGUCCACCAAGUCCAAGUUCUUUGGCAAGGGCUCGAUCUCCCACACCUUCCGUAAGUCGGCUGCCGGUGCCCUCGGUCCGGAAUUGUCGAGAAAGUUGGCCCAGUUGAUCAAGAUGGAAAAGAACUUGAUGAGAUCCGUCGAAAUCACCGCCGGCGAACGUAAGGACGUUGCCAAGCAAUUGUCCUUGUGGGGUGAAGGCAACGACGACGACAUCUCUGACAUUACCGACAAGUUGGGUGUCCUCAUCUACGAAGUCGGUGAAUUGGAAGACCAAUUCAUUGACAGAUACGACCAGUACAGAAUCACCUUGAAGUCCAUCAGAGACAUUGAAGGCUCUGUCCAACCAUCCAGAGAGAGAAAGCAAAAGAUCACCGACCAGAUCGCUUACCUCAAGUACAAGGAUCCUCAAUCGCCAAAGAUCAAUGUCUUGGAACAAGAGUUGGUUAGAGCCGAAGCUGAAUCCUUGGUUGCUGAAGCUCAAUUGUCCAACAUCACCAGAGAAAAGUUGAAGACCGCCUUCAACUACCAAUUCGACUCUAUCAGAGAACAUUCCGAAAAGAUUGCCUUGAUUGCUGGUUACGGUAAGGCUUUGUUGGAAUUGUUGGAUGAAUCGCCAGUCACUCCAGGUGAGACCAGACCAGCCUACGAUGGUUACGAAGCUUCCAAGCAAAUCAUCAUUGACGCUGAGAAUGCUUUGGCUUCCUGGACUUUCGACUCUGCCGUUGUCAGACCUACCCUUUCUUUGGCUGCUCACGAAGACGAAGAAUACGAUGUCCAAGACUUGGCUGAGGAAGCUGAAAACUUGCAAGUCACCGAACAAGAAUGGGACAACGAACACAAGGUUGAAGCCUAAAUCUACUGACGGAACGUACAUUCGUUCCUUUUUGACGAUGUCAGUGCAACUACUUAAGGUUGUUGUGCUCACUGAAAAGUUGUCCCCUUACUGUUGAAUUGGCGAAAGUCUGUCGUUUACUUUUAGUUUAGUUUCAUCCCUUUAAUUCUUGUACUAUCACACAUCGUUUGUCUUUAUAUAGUUAUAAUUAAUAAAUUAUACGUCUUGUGUUUUG